AUGUAUAUUGCCUUACGGAUACUGCUCCUUCUUUUUAUGCAGCUUUCGCUACAAGGACAGGGAUGGGGCAAGCAGCCAGAUCGAAGCAAUAUGCUCGGCGCGCAAUAUUACGAUGGCAAGAAAAUUGUGCUGCCAGUCUCCGAGGAUGCGAUGCGGGAUCUACUUAAUCACUGGCUCCAUCAAGCUACCGGAAGCUUUAUGUCCGCAUUUGCCAGUAACAAAAUUAACAAUUUUUGGCUGAAUAAACCCUUCCAGUUUAACUGA